UGUAUAAACCGAUCGGUUGAUUUCGUUUGUGCGGUUUAUGUGCAUACAUAUAUGUUUGUUGCGAAUUGUUCGAAAAUUUUUUAAUAGUUUGCUUUGCUUCAUUAAUAAUUGUGAUUUUUAGCUGUGCAUUAUUCGUGAACAGUGCCUUAUAUAAGAAGACAUAUAAAUAGGUAAACCACACAUAUUUGCAUAAAUUUAUACGUGCAUACGUAUCCCUGUAGUUCGGUACCAUCGGAGAAGAGCUAACGAUAUAACUAAUUCCGAAUCAUUAGUACCGGUCCCAACCCGAUUACAUGCAAUGUUAUUUGACUAACGAUUUUUACAUUGCAAUGUCCUACGAGAGUAAUCGAGCGGUGCGACUAUGCAUUACCAGUCAUUGGUGAAAGAACUUGUUCCAAAAUCGUUAGUGAAUCACUAGUACAGAAUCACUAGCGUUUUCGUUAAUUCAAAAUGGCUAGUGAUUUGACUAAUUCGAACACGCUAGAGGUUUCAUUAAUUCAAAAUCGCUAACGAUUCUACUCGUCCAAUAACGCUUGUGGUUCUACGCCUCAGAAAAACUUUUGAAAACAACACUUACAAAAAAAUAAAACAAAUGUUUACGAAAUACAAAGAAAUAUAUAUUUAUUUAGUUCAUGUACAAAUCUUUAUUUUCAAUUUAUUUUCUUAUUUUCUACUAUUCUUAUAUUCUAUCCCCUCCCUUUUUUGUCCUUAAAAAUUAUCUUAUUCUUAUUUACUAAUUAUUUAUUUUCUUUAUUAAUAUUACUUUUUUAUUAUUAGUUAUUUUAAUUAAUUUUUAUUUAUUAUUUAAUACACAUACAUGAGUGUACAAAAUGAAAAAUAUUAUUAGAUUUUAGUAUAAUAAUGUUGUAAUAAUAAGUUUUCAAUUAUAUUAAGUAUAUAACCUGAUCUAUGGGUGAUCUGCGGUGAUUUUGUUGUUGUUUGUGAUGAUCCGGUGUUGGCGCCUCCGUCCGUGGUUGUUUUUGCCUUCUUCUUGUGUUGCGUUCUUAUUCUUAUUUUAUUAUUAUAUUUAUUCACUUAUUAAAUUAAUUUUCACUUUUUUGCACAAUACUUUUUCACCAUAUGUACAAAUAUUCUGCAAUUUUCCGUACGCAAAUUACACAACUUCCUCUUAGUCGGAAAAAUAUGAAAUGACGCGUCAAAUUUUUGGAAAAAUAUAAAUGGCACAGCUCAUAUCAGCCAAGGGCUCACAAAAAAAUUAACUCCACUAUAAUGCUUGCUCAUAAUUUCUUUCAAAUAAUUACUAAAUGCAGUAAUUGCGAAUGAUUUCUUUUUGUUGCAUUAUAUUUGUAUUGAUAUACGCUUUCGCAUCUUUCGCUCUCCUCUCAAACUGAGUACUGACAUGUGUAUUUAUAUAUUAUAUAUUCCCACUGAUAAUCAUACUCACAAACACUUUCUCAAAACGACAGUUGAUUUCUAUAUACUUUAAAUACGUUAUUUGUAUUUCCUGUGACUCAAGUAGAAGCGUAGGCUAUAUGAGAUAAGGCGGUUGGAUAUUCGAAUUCAUUAUAUUAAGUACUACAGCCCGCUCCGGUUUCGCACGGGUUUAAACAUAUGUACAUAUCAAAAGUUGUAAUUUUUUGCACACACAUCAACACCCUCCCGUACAUAUGUAUGUAUGUACUUUCUCGUUUUUGCGUGGGGUCAUUGAAAAAUAAAAUAAAAUGAAGAAAUUCGAACAUGAAAUUAUAUUUUUUUGUAAUGAGCUAAAACUUGAUUACGGUCUCUAGUUUUUGAUGUCCGUUGUCUUUCGUUCUGAUUAUGAAGGAGUUGAGAACGUGCGAGCUUAUAUAUUUCCAAUAUUUUGUUCUUCAAGCCGCUGAACACUCGUUACUCGACUAUCUGGCGCGCUAUUGAUAUGCGUAUUCUCUUCCACUUGCAAGAAGAUUAUCAGUUUCUGAUGAACAUUCUCAAUCACGGCGUAGUUUUAAUACUCUCGCCUGGUAACUAUUUUCAGAAAGUUGAGAUCUAGACCUUUUCGAGAUUUUAAAAUGAAAAAAUAAAAAUAAAUAAAUAAACAAGUAAGGAAGGGCUAAGUUCGGGUGUAACCGAACAUUUUAUACUCCCGCAAUUUAUCUAUUUAACUUUAUUUAUAUUGUAUAAUAUACAAUUUAACCCACAUAUUCGUCAUAUAUAUUGUAUAAAGUCCAUUGAAAGUUGGAAACCAUAAUAUUAGGUUAGAAGCACCGAGGUCCUCAUGUUCGAUUAAUGGGGCCUUGAAAACCUAUGGUCCGAUUUCGGCGAUUUUUAGAAUGGGGCUGCCACACUAUAAAGGUAGUAUUUGUGCAAAGUUCUGCAUCGAUAUCUUCACUAGUGCUUACUUUAUAUAUUGUAAAGUUAACGAUUCAGAUCGUCUUCAAAGUUCUGGUAUAUAGGAAGUAGGCGUGGUUGUGAAGCGAUUUGGCCUAUUUUCUCAACAUAUCAUUGGGAUGUAAGGAAACUAUUACAAACCAAGUUUCAUUGAAAUCGGUAGAGUAGUUCCUGAGAUAUGGUUUUUGACCCAUAAGUGGGCGAUGCCACGCCCAUUUCCCAUUUUGUAAAAAAAUCUGAGUGCAGCUUCUAUCUGACAUUUCGUAUGUGAAAUUUAGUGUUUCUGGCGUUUUUCGUUACUGAGUAAACUCACUUUUAGUAAUUUUCAACCUAACCUUUGUAUGGGAGGUGGGCGUGGUUAUUAUCUGAUUUCAACUAAUUUCAUGGUGUGCGGUGGGGUACGUAAGAGAACUGACUGCAGAAAGUUUGGUUUAUAUGGCUUUAUUGGUUUGUGAUAUAUAUACAAAUAACCGAUUUGGGGGCGGAGCCACGCCCACUUUCCCAAAAUAAUUACAUCCAAAUAUGCCCUUCCUAGUGCGAUCCUCUGUUCCAAAUUUUAUAACUAUAUUUAUGGCUUAGUUAUGACACUUUUUGCGUUUUCGGUUUUCGCCAUUUUGUGGGCGUCGCAGUGAUCCGAUUUUCGGAAGCAACCCUCUCACGGUCCCAAGGAACGUGUGUUCCAAGUUUCAUCAAGAUAUCUCAAUUUUUACUCAAGUUAUCCGUUGCACGGACGGACAGACGGACAGACAGACAUUCGGAUUUUGACUCGUCUCGUCACUCUGAUCAUUUUGAUAUAUAUAAUCCUAUCUAACUCGUUUAGUUUUAUGACUUACAAACAACCGUUAUGUGAACAAAACUAUAAUACUCUCUUAGCAACUUUUGUUGCGAGAGUAUAAAAAUAUAGCCUAAGUUACUCAGAUUGAAUGUAGCUUUCCUAUGGUGAAAGUUUUGAAAUCGGCGCAGUAGUUUUUGAGUUUAUUCAUUACAAACAUACAUACAUACAAAUCUUUCCUCUAUAAAAAAUAUCCCUGGUCGACCCAAAACUAGGGGUGUUCGAAUUUUUCCCGUAGAACUCGUUUGUGCAGUGGUGGCCUUCGGUCGCGCUUUAAAAUAAUAACCCUGGUCGAGCCAACACAAGUGUUAGCGAAAUAAGGGGUUAUCCUCGAUAUGAUUUUUAAAAAUUGAUUUUGUUAAAUAAAAGAAGAGGUAUUUUGGCAAAAAGAUCAAUGUUUAGGCACUAGGUCUCACUUAUAGUGGAAUGGGAACAAGUAGAAGCACCAUUAUUCGCACAAGUAGAAGCACAAUUACCUGCUUCUCAGCUGAACUGAGCAGAUCCUUCUGCCACAAAGUAAAUCACAAGAGAUCAAGGAAACUCUUCGCCCUCAUCAAGGUAAAUUUUUCCAUAGUCAUAGGAGUUUUAAUUGACCAUUGUCCCAUCGGGACUCACGCGGUCAAACUAAAAAUGUGAUCGGAUGCUAGCUGCAAAAGCUACUUGUAACAGGAUGAGGUCGAAUAUCCCCAACAUUUUCUUUUGGAAUGCCCUUAAUAUAUUUAUGUAGAAGGAAAUAACCUCUGCAAAUUUGUGGUAGCUUAUAGGCGCUUCAUCUAUUUUUAAAGUUAAUCCUUAAAAGAAUGAGGUCAGCCCCGAAUAUGGAGACUUCCUACCAUUUCGUUACGUCACUGUCAACUGAGUAUCAACUUCUGAAAACUGCGGUAUAUUUUAAAUAAUCGUUAGCAUUUAUGGAGCCUACUGUGAGUAAACCAAACUGGGAACCAUAUAAUAGUCUAAGCGUGUUUAUUUUUUUUAGGGAACAGCUUUGGAACCUAACCUAACCUAUUUAAUUAUAUUGCAAAGUUUUUAAUUCAUUAAACAAAAACUAUAUAAAAUCGAAAAUUUGUAUAAUAGGAAUAAACCUUAGUUGGAAUAUCUAUUUUACCUCCAAAUGGCCAGUGCUUAUCCUACAACGGAAGUUGUGCGUCAGGGCAAACGUUUCUUGGAUAUAGUGUGGGAAAAUUGUCAUGAAUUCUUUGAUAAAGCAAAACAUACAGAUGUGACGUUUAUGUGAAAUUAUCCAAAGCGAGUUACAGCUCAUCGAGUCAUCUUAGCCACUGCCAGCGUUUAUUUCGACCAACUAUUUCAAACGUCAAAGGGUUCGGUGUCAGCUUUUUAUAUUGAAAACUAGCAGACCCGGCCACACGUUUUUGUGGCUAAGAUACUAUAUACAUUAAAUUAGUAAAUUUUUCAAUGCAAAGAAAAAAUUCUUACGCAUAAAGACGAAAACGUUAUAGCCGAUAAAUUUUAAAAUGAUUGGUACACAUUAUUGUAGAUCUGUGUUAAGCGUAAAUCAUCAUAAUUUGUAAAAUUUUGAUUUUUUAAUCGUAUAUUGGAGAAAGUAACAAAUGACCAAAUUUCAUAGUUGGCUUUAUCUUGGCUUUGGUGACGAUAUUGAUUACCUUCUUCACAGCAAAUCUUGUUCUUUUGCAAAGUUUGAUGUUGAUUUAUGAUUUAUCUAAAUUGUCGCAUUAAGAUCAAAGAGAUCCUUGUUUUUUUACCACCAAUAUAGGUCAUUCAAUCAGCCGUUUAUGUUUAUUAUAUUAUGGUUUCAUGUCAGGAAAAACACGAUGUAUAAGCUCCUCUUUCGAGGCCAUGAAAAAUGUUAUUAAUCCAUCGAGGUGUCAACUGCGUCGCUACCAUUUUCAAAAAAAAAAAAAAAAACACUCGUAUGUUAUUUGUUAAUUGGCGAUUCUUUAUGUGUCGCCACAAAUUAGAUGAUUUUAGGAAUGUGAUUAGUUCGUCAGCAACAGUUGAUCCAGGAAUAGUCUGGCGAAAAUCACCUGCCAACAGAAUCAUGGCUUCACCAAAAAUAUUUUCGUUGUCGCGUAAAUCUUUUAAAGUCCUGUGCAGUACCUCCAGCGACUUGAAUAUCUGGAAAAUCUUCUUCAUAGCUCUUUUUUUUGGCGAUUUUGCAGACUGGUGUUUCGUUGAUUUGCAAUUUAUGAGUAAUUUUAAGGCCGAAUUGCCGUUUGUCUGUCUACUAACAGGUGCCAAGUUGCACCUAUUCUCAUUAUAACUGGGCGUUGAAAGAGAGUGAAAUCGGUUCAGGAAUUACCUCAACCCUCAUGUACUACAUAUGCUGAUUUUCGUUAUUCUAUUGGACUUUAUUUCAAAUUGUGUGUAAUAAAAUUACAUCAAUAAAUUGCGAGAGUAUAAAAUAUUCGGUUGCCUUUCCCUGCUGUUACAAAUUGUUUUGGGCUAUCGACACAACCUUAUACAAUUUAACAAUGAUAAAAAUAUUUUAACAAAGCAACAAUGACAACUUUCAAAAUAUUAAUUUUUUGUUUUUUUUUUUUUAUAAUUUUGUUGUCAAUUCAAAUGAAAUCAUCUUCUUGUUAUAUUCCUCACAAUUUUUCGAUACAUACUUACUUUCUAAUCCUUCCCUGGACUUCCAUAAAUAUUUCAAAACUAAAAUUAGCCAGAUCGGUUUGGCCCUUCUUGACUUUUUUCGAGACUAACGACACAAAUUGUUUGUAUGGGUGAUUAGAAAAUUGUGGAUUUAAGACUUUUUGGGGCAAUUUUUCUAAUUUUUCUCCGUAAGAACCAUCUCGGUACCUCUAAAAACAUUCUAAACAAAGAAUUUGCGAAAUCGGUUCAGUGGUUCUCGAGUUAUGCGCUUAGCAACACAUUUUGCGAUUCAUUUUUAUAUUAUAGAUAUUCCACCGGAUGAAUUUGAGUUACUUAUAGCUUACUGUUACACCGGCAAACUUAACCCUAGAAUGCCUAACGCCAAUAGUCUUUUAAAUGGAGCCGCGAUUUUGAAGCUCGACGGCGCUGCCGCUAUUUGCACUGCUUACCUGCACGGGUCGACAGAAGGAACGUGGCCACGGAGCAAUCUGGGUUCACCAUUUGAUGGCAACUUUCCAAUAGCAAGUUGUACUACAAAUAAAUCUAUAUUGGCAGUGCGACGAUGUAGCGAAAAAAGGUAAAUCUUUUCAAAAUUGAGAAUUUAGCCAAAGAUGCCAAAUAGAUACAUAUUACCUCCGAACGAUACACCGCCAGACCGAGAUUCGUUAAAGUAAAUUUCGAUAUUCAUAUAGAAUACUAAGCUGACUACGACUCCGGUAACGGAAAUCUGACUUUAAAGAUGGCCGGUAAGCUCCUGAAUAGAACUGUAUCCCAUAGACUAUUAUCUCCAAACAAAAAAGGGCUAUUAAUCAAAUAGUUUGAAUAAAUUCAUGUACAUAUUUUUUUAAUGUUAGGUCCGACUUUAACUUCACAUUUAUUUCACAGGACACUGAGAGUUUUAUUUACCGUUGUGACGAGAUGGAGAAGGUAUGGAUACAGUGUGGUGUAUUAAAAUUUCCUAAACGAUCCCCAAGUCUGGUGUACUCAGAUAAACACCUAAUAUCUCUAGGCGGGUUUUCGGAUGAUGAAACGCCUUCAAAUGGUGUAUUCGCUUACAGUUUGCAGACUGAAGAAUGGAAAACUCUGAAGCCGAUGAGUGUUCCACGAGUUGAUCUUUGUGUUGUGAUAGUCAACAAAUUCAUUUACGUACUAGGUGAGAGUGGCUCAAAUCCAUGUGUUGCGCUCAAAACUGCAGAGAAAUUUAAUCAUUGCACUCGACAAUGGAUUUCACUACCCGAUAUGUUUAUGGCUCGAAGUCAAGCCACCGCCGUGGCUCUUGACGACCAAAUUUAUAUAAUGGGUGGUCUGGCAAGCAAUGGAAGGCCAUUAAAGUCGGUUGAAUGCUUUAACACCAUAACUGGGAAGUGGGAUAGAUGCGGAGACAUGAUUCAACCACGUUUUGAUUUCGGCGCAGCCUUUUUUAAAGGUCUAUUAUAUGUAAUAGGUUCAGGGAAUACAAUGCACUCAAUGCACUCACUAAGUUGCAGCGUCGAGUGUUACAAUCCAAAAACGAAUACGUGGUCGCAGGCGGCAUCAAUCAAUGUACCACGAUAUGGAAUCUGUGGCAUAACUCUAACUGACCGUUUAAUGGCCAUCGGCGGGACAACCUUAACUGAUUUCAAAGGCAUUAUCGAAGUAUACAAACCGACAAAAAAUAGUUGGCUUCAAGGGAAGCCCUUGCCGAUGGGGGGUAACUAUAGGUGUUUUGUAGUGCCAUCUAAAGAGCUUACUGAAAUUCAGAGUAAACCCAAUGAAAUAGUCAUUGCACCGAAAAGACUUUUACAUACGAGUUUACUCCUUUUAAUGCGUAUGUACUUCUUUAUCAGAUGGUUGCUGUGUUUGGGAAAAUGUAUUAUAUUAUGGACGAUAAGAAAUUAAUUGCCAAUUGAUAUGUAAUAUCCAAAUGUAGUGUUUUGGUAAAUAAUUUUAAAUAAACUGAGGAAAUUAAACAUAUGAA